CCCCUUCUUCUCCCUGCUCAUCUGCUCCUCCUAGCUCCCGCCACCUACCUCCCGGCGCAACAUAGACCAGAUCUGGCCUCCCGAGCUGCAGAUCCGACUCGAGUUCUCCUCCCAUCUUACUCAUCGUUUCUUGCCCAAGACCCAACUCUCCGAGAGUGAGACCGAGAUCGAUCGAGUUCAGACAUGGGGAAGAAGCCCAAGUGGCUGGGCGCCGUCAAGAAGGUCUUCAGCCCCGAAUCCAAGGACGAGAAAUUGAGGAGGAGGUUUGCCGCCACCGCCGGCGCCGGCGCCAGCGCCAGCGCGCCGUACCAGCUGGAUCUGACGCCCUCCGCCUCCCUGGAGGCCCAUGCUUCAGCCCUCCCGCCUGCCGACACCGACGACUUCGACUACGAGGCUCAUGCUGUUCCUGCUCCAGUCCCAGCCCCGGUCCCGGUACCAGUCGCGGUGAUUGGAGAGGAGCAGCAGCGACAUGAGCACCAACAACACGAGCAUGCCGCGCCAGCUACGGAGGCACUCCCUGUUGCUGCGCCGGAGGCCGCCGUCGCGGUCUCCUCUAGCUUCUCGGAGGAAAUUGCCGCAACCAAGAUCCAAACCGCCUUCCGAGGUCACCUGGCAAGGAGGGCACUGCGAGCAUUAAAAGGGCUGGUCAGGUUGAAGUCACUCGUUGAAGGCCACUCUGUUAAGCGCCAGGCCACAAGCACGCUUCGGUGUAUGCAGACUCUCUCCCGAGUCCAGUCCAAGAUACGCACAAGGAGGAUCAAGAUGUCUGAGGAGAACCAGGCUCUUCAGCGUCAGCUCUUGUUGAAUCAGGAACUUGAGAGUCUAAGGAUGGGAGAUCAGUGGAACACCAGCCUGCAAUCCAAGGAGCAAAUCGAGGCUGGCCUCGUAAGCAAGCAAGAGGCUGCAGCUAGAAGAGAAAGAGCACUUGCAUAUGCAUUUUCCCACCAGUGGAAGAGUACCUCGAGGUCUACCAACCCGAUGUUUGUGGAUCCAAACAACCCACACUGGGGCUGGAGUUGGUUGGAGCGAUGGAUGGCAGCGAGGCCUGCAGCUGAGGGUCGCAAUGGGACGAACGAGAAAGAGAGCAACACCGAUCGCAUGUCGGUCAAUAGUACCAGCUUGAACCUCAGUGAAGGCGGGGAGAUUACAAAGGUUGAUAGCCGCUUGGACUCCAACCCUGACAAGCCCUCGCCCACAACUCCGAAACCAUUCCGUCCUGCGGUCUCCAGGCAGUCCCCUGCAACGCCCUCAAGUAGUGGGGCAUCGCCGGCGCUGGCAAGCAAGAAGACCACAACACCAAAGAAUGGCUCGUGCGUACCUGGGGGCGAUGAUGACGCGAAAAGCGUGUUCAGUGUCCAGUCUGAACGGCCCCGGAGGCACAGCAUUGGCACAUCUUCCGUGCGUGACGACACGAGCUUGUCAGGCUCUUCCCCAUCGUCGGUACCGAGCUACAUGGUGCCGACGAAGUCGGCCAGGGCAAAGACCCGUCUCCAGAGCCCGGUGGCCAAGGAGAGCACUACUGAGACACUGGAGAAAGGCUGGUCGUCUGUUGGUUCUGUGAAGAAGAGGCUGUCGUUUCCAGCUGGAGUGGCGCCAUCACCGCCGCCGAGGAGGCGGCAUUCUGGCCCUCCCAAGGUACCACAGGCGACCGUUGAAAGCAAUGCUGAAUGAGACUCAUCCGAUGAUUAAGGGCCCGGGGGAGGAGGGGAUUAUAGUUUGAAUUUCUGAAGAUAUCUGAAAGAAGCAAGGUUGACAUUUUGUUUGUUGCAUUCGGUUGUAUGAUGUCAUUUGAUUUUAUUCGUUCCAAUCAUUCAGUGGUUAUACUAUACUGCAUGUAAACAGCGGUUGUCUUGAUUUGUGUAUGCUUAGGUUUUCUCCAUCCCAUUCCUUGUAUUUUUUGGCUACUAAUGUUGAGUGAAUUGGCCGGUUUGGACCACAGUUAGCAUCUAGGGUAGGCCUAAGCUUAACAGUAAUUACCUGUUUUAAAUUUCAUUUCUUGAACAGUAACAUGGCCUUUACUAUUUCAACUUGAAAUUUCAAUUCAGAGGUAAAUAUAGCAGGGAGAAACAUCUGUGUGUA